AUGGCAUCAUCCAGUUCCCUUUCCGGCCGAGCGUGGUCAUCAGAGCGACGGUCAUCAUCGGAAAACACCAGCGAAACCACCGAAGAAACUGCCGAUUCCCAGUCCUCCGAGGACACAAGAUCGGAUGCGAUCUUCGUCCCCCAUGUCUAUGACUUUGUCAGCAUCCACCAACCGGCUCACUUUCGUGUCUCGUCGCGCAUCCCGACAUUAUACCUGGAACCUCUAUCGGUAGAUCAAUCAAUUUUCGUCGGCCAUGGAGCAUCGUUUACCACCUUCAAGAGGGCUAUCCCGGAUGCUCUGACAAUAUCCCAGACAAGUAACAUGGACGGGUGGAGUGUGAGUGUUCCCAAGCAACACAUGGCCCGACCCAAGCACGUCGUCUACAAGGUUGCUCGCGUUGCCUUCACCGAAACCGGCACCCCAACGCCUCAAACACGCCAUGCGAUGAAGGCUGCGUUGAUGGAGCUCUACUCUUUAAUGCACGAGCCUCUCCGACAACAUCCAAACAUCAUCGACCUCCUGGGUCUGGCUUGGGGGUCCAACUACUUCGACCCAUCGCAUCGAUUGCCAGUGUUGGUGGUGGAAUAUGCCGACCACGGGAAUUUAGCCGACCUGCAAAGGAAACACGAUCUCACACCUUUGAUCAGAGGUCGUCUCGCCCUCGACAUCGGCCAAGGUCUGGAGAUGCUGCAUCGAUGUGGGAUCAUACACGGGGAUGUCAAGUCCGAGAAUGUCCUGAUCUUCAGUGAUCCGGGAAGGGAAUACAUCGCAAAGCUCUCCGAUUUCGGCUUUUCCAUGGUCGGAGAAGCAGCAAGCAAUGAAGUGUAUGUCGGCGGCACCAAGCCCUGGAAAGCUCCAGAGGCAAAAUCACCGGUUCCAAAACAUCUCCUCCAAGCUACGGACAUCUACUCUUAUGGUCUACUUUUAUGGCGUCUAGCGACUGAUGGACAUGAUCCGUUUCGCUUCUGGGUCGAGUCGAGCCUGCAGGGAGACUCACAUCUGCAAGAACUCGAAACAAUCAAGGAGGAGGAUGGUCCUGCGAGGAAUACGGCACUCGAGAAAUGGCUCAUCCCAUAUAUUUCUGGCAAAAAUCUAGACUGCCAGGCGGAAUUAACGGUGGACUGGCUUAGGGAAGCCAUUUCCAAUCUUCGAUUGGGGAAGGAUACAAAUCAACCGGGCAAUGCACACACGUCUCCCACUUCCUGGCAGGCGCUGAUGAAAUGUGUGGGCCCUUGUCUUCGGCUUCCGCAGACUGCAAACAUGUUCUCGGGCCCCUUGAUCGAUUGGGCUCAGCGAGAUGCCUUUUACGGAAGAGUGCCUUCUGCUCUUGACAAAUGCUUAAGCGUUGAUCCCGUAAAGAGAGACUUGCGCGGGGCUAUUGCGGCGCUCUCCGAUAGCGAUCAGGUAGAUGAGUAUCACCACAUUCUGUCCUGGCAACAAAUGCGUGACCUUGAACCCGCAGUUCAAUCGUUUGUGUUGAACUCCUUUCACCAAAAGGUGGAAACAUUGAUAUCCGACAACCGAAUCAACCCUCCGGAUUGCUUCGUCCUAGCAUCCUACUACAUCAACGGCUACGGUACCAAUGUCAAUUACGAGGCAGCAAGGCGACUACUCGACCUUUCGUCGGUCGCAGCCUAUGACCACGUCUCCUCCCGCGCCUUCGCCUACCGCAUCCACAAAUCCCUUGACCCAAAUUACGUCCCCACCGCGGCUGUCAUCGACAAUCUAUCCGUUAUGGCGCUGCGGGGCUCGCGACCCGCCCUCAUCGAUCUAAAGGAGCUAGCCCCCGCAAAAUACGAUUGGAGUCAGAAUAUCAUCCGCGACAUAAUGGCGGGGGUGGGAGCAAAUUUCUAUCACCAGGAUCAGAUGCUCGGUGGGUUUUCUUAUCACCAGUGGAUUCGAACCUUUGAUAACCCGGAGAUACUCGUUCGCAAUCUGAGAAACAUGGAUCGGAUUGAACAGUAUCGAGUCAACAAACGCGGGGAUAGGAUCCUGCAUCUCGCGGCGAGUGCGGGUCGCUUCCAGGCUAUUGAGAGUCUGUUGGGGGCAUUCCCUUCACUGACCAUUGACCAACGGAAUGAUAGGGGAGAAACGCCUCUUUUAUGCGCUUGUAGAGCGGGACAACUCACGACUGUGACGAGGCUACUCGAACUUGGUGCCGAUCCAGCCUUUGCCGCUGCGAAUGGCGAAACCUGUAUGCAUUGGCUCGUGUCAUUCAACGAUGAGGAUAUUCAAACUAUCGGAGAAGCUCUUCUUGAAAAGGGAGCCAAGAUGCGCGAAUUUACUCGCGAAAGGAUUUCAUACUCCGAGUUCAAUGGCACAAUCGAUGUUGACUUCCAGUUACCCGGCACACCUCUCACUUGGGCGAUUCACAAUGACCGACCCUGCAUCGUCAAAUUACUCUUGGAAAAGUCCCCUGACAAACGUUUAUGUCUCGACUGGGCGAAGGGUCAUCCUGGAAGUCUGUCCCCCCCGACGUACGCCGCUUACUACCACCAUGUGGAAUGUUUAGAGCUCCUGCUGAAAGCCCUCGACGACGCCAAAAUCGUAUAUACCAUGGAGCCAGUCAUCGCUGCGGCUACUCACGCGGCGGACACGUUUUCAAUGAUUCUCCGAAACGGUGCCAAAUACGAAGAACGCCUACAUCAGACUCUGAACUUAUGUCUGACAAAGUCCCAGGAGAUUGUCUUCGCGACCGGGAUCGGGGGCUUCGAUAUGCAUCUACUCUUCUACGCCGUUAGCGAAGGGCACGAGAAAGUCGUAGAGCAUCUGUUAUCCAACGAGGUCAAACAUCUUAUAGAGACGUUCGAGCCAGCACCAGACCCAUGCCGGCCUGGCGCAUACAAUCCAGGCGAUAUCAAUCAACCUGUCGGCGAAGACCGCCGCACACCGGUUCUGGAGGCGAUCCGUUGGAAUCGCAAACCACUCGUCCAGCUCUUGGUUGCGAACGGUGCCGAUCCCAAGGCAAUGGCCAAGAACCCUUUCAAUUCCGACGAGCAGAACUGGACGGGGCUUCAUAUCCUCGCGACAGCCGGUCACAACACAGAUCAUGUAGCCGAAUUGGUCUCAUACCUCGUGGAUGUUGGACUGGACAUCGAAGGGUCUCAUUCUGGCAGCAAUGAACACAGCCCUGAGACGCCCUUUCUCGUUGCCGUCCAACACAACGCCUUCAACCUCGCCAGUACAUUCAUCCACUGCGGUGCCCAUCCAAACGCCUUAUGCACCAGCUCCGGCCUGCUUUCCCUCGAGUACCCCACCACCGUUUUGGGCCACAUCAUCGCAGCUUCGGCACAACACACGGUCCCCCGACUCCGAUACCUACUCGAAGCCUGCCCCACCCAGGACAACAAACAAGGAAGUUUCGGAAGUUUUAUCGUCGAACCGGCCCGACAACUAAGCGCCCUCCACCGUGCCGCCUGGGCUCACCGGGGUAUCAUGCAUCGGACACCAGAAUGCAACACCCCUGCACACCGGUUCCUUAAUCGCGACGAAUACGACAUGAUCAUGAAUCAAGAUAUCAUCCACGAGCUGCUACAGAAAUGGGGCGAUGUAGAGAGCGUCAAUCUCCGUUGCGGUAUCCAUGGCAGAACGGCGCUUCAUUUGGCUGCUGAAGCGGGCAAUGUUAGGGGAUGCGAGAUGCUAUUAGCGAGGAAGGCGGAUGUUUCUGUUCGUGAUGAGUUGGGUUUGACGGCCGUGGAACUGGCACGGGAGACUUUGGAUGGGCUGGAUGAGGGGGUUGGAGAGGCGGAGAUGUAUAGUCGGAUCAUUGGGAUACUGGAAGGGGUUGUGAAGGUUCCAGCGUCCGGGUCUUGA